AUGGCUGGGGAAGACUAUGUGCUACAAGUGGAGAUGGUCUCCUACAGUAAUCCAUCCAACAUACACUCUGACGGUCUAUCUUGUGAUCCAAUCAGUAACUGUGACACCUUCUUCACCUACUGCCUGUUGCCACGUGCCAGUACUGCUGAAGUGUGUCCCAAUACUGCUCCUGGAUUUACUCUAGUCAGUAGUAUUAUCAGGGAUGGGGCAGAAAUUGACUUCUCACAACUUAAUGUUUUUGGACUCCCUAAUCCAUUCAAUCUGACUGGAAUAUCGACAGCCUGGGAGGGAGCUCAGCUUUAUAUACCAGUGGUUGAUUCUGAUAGCUAUACAUCAGAUGAUGUUAUUGUAAAGUAUCGAUUUGACAUUCUGAGUCUUUCAGUGGGAAUAACAAUCCCAUUAUUUAGGUCAUCAACUAUCGGGCCUUCUAUCACUCUGAGUGCUACUGUGUUAUGUGCUCCAUUCUACAUUGGAAGAAGUUGUGAUAUCUUCAAUCACUGUGAGUCCAAUGCUGUCACAUGCAGUGAACGAGAAACAUGUGUGAAUGGACUUACUAGUUUCACUUGCAACUGUAUCCCUCCCUAUAUCGGUGACAACUGUGAGCGCCAAAACUUUUGUAUCAACAGAAAUUGCAAUGGGAGAGGAACGUGUACAAAUGGCCUUAAUUCCUACACUUGUGUAUGCAAUGCUGGCUAUACUGGUGCUGAUUGUGAGGACAUUGAUGAUUGUGAGGGGCAGAACUGCAGUGGAAAUGGUGUCUGUAUGGAUGAGGUCAACUCUUACACCUGUGUCUGCAAUGCUGGUUAUAAUGGUGCUGAUUGUGAGGAUGGUAUUGAUGAGUGCUUGCUAAUAGAGAGGAUGUGCAGUGGCCACGGUAACUGCUCUCAUGGAAUAGCCUCCUUCACCUGCUCAUGUGAUCCUGGGUACACUGGACAGAGAUGUGAGAUUGACAUUGAUGAUUGUGUGAACGUAAACUGCAGUGGACAAGGCAACUGUACUGACAGAGUUAACGGCUUUGAUUGUGAUUGUUUCCCUGGUUACACUGAUACUAUUUGCCAGACUGACAUUGAUGAAUGUGAUGGAAUAAACUGUAGUGGAAAUGGUGGUUGUGUUGACAUGGUAAACAUGUUCCUAUGUGACUGUGAACCUGGCUACACUGGUGCUGAUUGUGAGACCAACAUUAAUGAUUGUGUGAAUAGGAACUGCAGUGGAAAUGGUGUGUGUGUGGAUGGUGUCAACUCGUUCAGUUGUGAAUGUGAGUCUGACUUCACUGGAGAGAUGUGCAACACUACACUGUCCCAUUGA